AUGAUGCCAUUUAGCAACAGAUGAGCAACGAUACAUGUUCAUUUUGGGCAGCCAGAGACAAGCACUGCCAUCGCCAGGGUGCCCCAAAGGACUACUCCAGACUGUGUAAUGGUUGUCAGGGUCGCGGUGCUUCCCUUCCUUCUUGCACCGUAGCCUGGCCAGUGUUUUAGCGGCUUCCUCGUCCCCAACCCGCGUGUGUGUUUUAGCUGGCAGUGACUUUUGUGGUGGAUCGCUAUGGAUGUGCUAUGGGUGAUAACGUUACCGCUGCUGCUGAUUCCGCUCCUGAUGUGGACCAGCAGCACGUUUGUUUUUUAUUUCAAAAAGUGCUUUUACGUCGCCUACAUGAUGGUUUUGGCGCUGUUCGCAAUUCCUCUGUGUAUACUGAAAAGCGGAGGCAGAGACAUUGAAAACAUGAGGAUUAUUCGCGCUUUGGUUCGUCAUGUGAAGUAUUUCCUGGGUCUUCGAUUUGAUGUGAGCGGUUGGGAGCAUCUGCAGACAGAGGGACCCUAUGUCAUCAUCUCCAACCAUCAGAGUUCCCUGGAUGUUUUGGGUUUGAUGGAGAUCUUACCUGACCGCUGCACCAUGAUUGCCAAGAAAGAGUUGGUCUACGCUGGCACAGUGGGUCUCGUUUGCUGGCUUGGUGGCAUCGUCUUUAUUAACCGCAAGAAGACGAGUGACGCCAAGAGUGUUAUGGCUGACGCUGCCAAAACCAUGUUGAAUGACCAGAUUCGUCUGUGGGUGUUCCCAGAGGGAACGCGAAACCAGAGAGGCGACCUGCUGCCCUUCAAAAAAGGGGCUUUCCACCUGGCAGUGCAGGCACAAGUACCCAUCAUACCUGUCGUUUUCUCCUCCUACAGCAACUUCUACCUACGGAAAGAAAAGCAGUUCAACUCGGGGACCAUCAGAUUGAAGAUCCUUCCAAAGAUCGAGACAAAGGGGAUGACGUCAGACGAUGUUUCAUCCCUCUCUGACAAAUCCUUCAACCUGAUGCGCUCUGCCUACCUAAGCGUCUCUGACUCCGUAACCCAGAGCAACGGGCCGUUGAGGCACUGAACAUAUAUCACACUCCCGCCUCUUUUUCCUCCUAUUUCCCAUCUGAGACCCAUUCCUCCCCCAGACCUCCCCCCCACUCUCCCCCAGGUUGUCCCAUUACCUGGCCAGGAAACAACAUGACACCGGUCUCUUGUCAUGAAAUCUCUUCUUGUCUAGUUGACGCCUGGUCCAGUCCGCCUCUGGCCUGGCCAUACAGCACAGUCAGUCCCGACCCUCACUGUGUCUGCAGCAGCAGCACCAGCAGCAGCGCUGCUCUGCACGCCGUGAGCGGAGUGACGGACGGCAAGCCGAACAGUAUGGAUGUGUGUCGUUCUUCAUGCAUGCCUUUUGGAUGCCUCUGUCCGCCUUCAUCCUCGCUUUGUUCUCUGGCUAUGGAAGCCUGUUUUUUUUUUCUUCUUUUUUAUUGUCUUACUUUAUCGCCAUUUUGUACUUUUUCUUUUUGGCCUUUUUCUCCACCUGCCUUCUGUUUAGCAGAUAAUCCUCUGCAUUUUUUCUUUUGUCUUCAUAAAUGUCUGGAUAUUCAUCUGUUCUUCUCAUACUGCCUUUAUUUUUACACUCUUGCACACAUACACGCACACACACAUUCACCGUACCCCAUCUCCUUCCUUCCUUUCCUUUAGUGUGCUCUCCCCCUUUCUGCAUUCCAGUCUCUUGCCUAAAGACAAAAGGAGAGGGGUCUCCAUGAGUGGUGGAGCGUGUGGAGGUGAGAGGUCAACGCCGGUCGACCAUACACUUCUUAAGAUCUGUUGCUAUGAAUUCAGCUCUAUAUCCAUAUUGGCUCUUCAACUCAAUGAACAAUAACUCCAUGACAUACUUCAUGAUGUCAGAAAGCAAGGAAUUCAAGAUUGCAAGAUACAGCGCAUAACAAUAGCACCCAUCUGUACUGAAUUACUGGACUUAAGAGGACUGAUCAGUUUUCAAUGUUGUGCAUUGUGGGUGUAUCAUUGUGCAUUCUUUGAGUUUGUCUCUCCAAAAGAUUAGGUAUAACCUGCGUGCAGCAUCGAGCAACCAGUGUCUUCUCACUGUAUUUUUGCUUUCUAUUUAUUUCUACAUCGGAUAAUCUUUUUUUUUUUUUUAGUGAUUUUUGCUCCUCUGAAAGGAACUCACAAGUAAACCUAUUUAAGAUGUGUCAAAAAGGCGAUUACAUAUUGUGCAAUGUCCAACUGUUUUUACUGUUCCAAAGUGCAAGCUACCUGCUGUGCCAUGACGAGUGUUUUUGGGAAGUUUCCAAUGUAAGCCCGUUAUUAUCUCACUAUGACCUGCUUCAUCAGUCAUCUCACUUCACCAAUGAUAUAAUUUACCUUUACUGAUGAUGUAAGGUAGCUCUUGUGUAGAAUUGUGAAAUGAUUUUAGAUCUCAAUUGUUUUUUUGUUUUUUUUUUGUUUUUAUUGAUUUUAUUUGUUCUGAUUAACUUGAAGAUUUGCUAAUUACUAACAAACCUGGCUGACUCAAGUCUACAUCUCAAGAGUUUAAAGUUUGUCCCUGUUUUUUUUUUUUAAUCAACAUGAAAGUGAAUAACAUUGUUUUAGUUGUGACGUUCUGAUUCAGUUACUCCUUAACCUCCUAGAAGAGAAUUAAUUAUUUAAGAAGCCGUGGGAAUUUUGGCCUUAAGUUUGAUUGGUUGUUGUUGUUGCACCUUGGAUUGUUCGGAUAGUUUUGCUCACGCUCGAUUUAUGUUUUCUAACAUGUACUGACUUCUUACCGCAUCAUAGAACUUAACUGUUUACAUCCAGGUCUUAUAUUUCACAUUGCUCACUGCCUUCACACUGUUUCGCAAAAUAAUUUAUUUUGCCGCUUUUGCCCAUCAAACACAAUCUGAGAAUGUAUUCCAGCAUUCAGGAUAUUUGUGCACUAAUAAUUGCAUCUUACUGUUUUGUUUUUUUUUCCUGAAGUUACUGUAUUAACAUGGGAUGUUGUCUUGCAUACACUUGGUGUCACAUCUAGGGUAUUUAUUUGACCAUUAAAUGUUAAAUUUAGACUGACUCGUGCACACAGACUGUUCAAGGAGAUGAUUUUGUGAAUGGAUUUAUUAAUACUUCGGUACGAAGCCUGUACACCGCUGUUCAUAGUUGAGUGCAACAGUAGUUUUAGUGAUACCGGCUUUAAGUACAUGUGAUGGUCAGGGUUUUAUUUAUGUUCAAGGCAGGUAUUUAACCCAUAUUAAUACGAAUUAAUCUGAUCCUGUUUUGUUUCUUGAAUCUAUUUAUUGACUUUUUAUCUGUAAGGGCAGAUUUGACCUUUGCAGCAAGUGGUUUGAAUGCUAUGACGUACUCUACCAAAUUGACUUCUUCCAAAAUAUGAACUAUACCAUAUAAAUUUUGCUAGUGGAGUCUUUUAUCCAUUUAUUUCCUGUUGAUUUCUGAGUUAUUUUGUAAUACAGAUGUGUGAUUUGUAAGCUUUGUGUCAUGAGCUUGAACUGAUGGAGAACAGGCUCUGCAACAACCCCGCUGGCUGAUUUUGGGCAGUUGUUUACGAACUAAGAUACUGUAAGAUCAAAUAUUCAAAGUAUUCUAAACCUUAAUAAAGCACUUUUCAUGCUGAGUUUGGGUGAAACAAUAAAAAAGGACUUCCAAGUUUUAUUUUUUUCCUGAUUUUCACCAAAGCUCUUAAAAUGUAAUUGAUGGUAGCUUUACAUGGAUAUGAGAAACAGAGCCAACAUCCUGCAGAGCCUUGUAUGUGUGUGGUCCCUUACUGUAUGUGUGUGUAAAUAUGCACACAUGGUAUAGACGCCCAUUAUAGUAUCUGGUUAAUAUUGACGAUGUAGUGUUCUUGAUUUCACCUAUUCUGGGUAAACGUGAAUGCCUUGCAAAAGAAUAAAUAAAAAUCGAUUCUUUUUUCUUA